ACUCCAUAGUAACCGUAGCGUCAGGAAAAAGAACAAUGACCAUUUCCCGUUUUUAUUCGUAAAGGUUAAAAUUUUGGGUGUACAAAUGAAAAUGGCUGGAACAAGGGAGCAAGCAAAACAAUACCUUGCCACCCACAGAAUACCUCAGAUGUUUGAGAGUUUGUUGAGCUGUCUAAUGCUGGAGAGGCCAGAAGAUCCAGUCUCAUAUAUAGAGCGUAAGAUGUCAGAACUUAAACAAAUUGGACUAGAAAAUGUAAACUGGGAAACUUUUGUAUUUCACAUGCACCCAUAUAGAGACCCAUUGAGAAGAACAAUGAUUCAUGAUGAGAGUAAGUACGACAAGGAAAGACAACUCGAAGAAGAAGCCAAGCAAGAUAAAGAAAGAGAUCAGACACAGAGCCAGGCCAGUUACAAACCAGAAGUCUUUCAGCUCACAGAGACAUAACACUAAAGUUAUGUAGGCUUUAUGAAGAUUUUCCAUUGGUGCAUGGAAGACGAAGAAAUUUGUACACAUUUUUUUUUUGCCCCAUGAAUGGGAUGUAUGUUAAGAUUUAUAUAAAAAACUUAUACAAUUAUGCAGUGCUGCAUAUUUUUUAUAUAGUUUGAAUACUGAAUUUUAUUUUUUGUUUAUUUUUUCCAGGCCCCCUGUUUCAUUCAAAAUUUAAAUGAAAAAUGUUCUGAAGUUUGAAUUGCCAGAUCAUUAAUUGUACUAGAUACUUUAUAACAAAUCAUGAUUUUGAAGAUGCAUUUCAGUCAACAUGAAUUGUAAGUAUUAUAUUUUUUAUUCAUAUAAAUUAACUUGCCAGUUUUAUUUUUUAAUACUGAACAUUUAUACAAGUACUUGUAUUAACAAAAUAUAUUGAGAAUGAAAUACUGCAGAUCUAAAGAAUUAAUAACCCACUUUUCAAGUUUUAAGUUGCUGUUAUGGUUUCAUUGUCUCAAUAGAACUUGUGUUCUUAAUACAUGCAUGUAUUGGUUUGCAAAAUGUUCAAAUAUUAAAUACAUGUAUGUAUGAAUCCCAGUUUUCACAGAAAUUUAUACCUCAUGAGAACUUUAUGCUUGAAAAUGCAUACAUGUGUGUAUAAAGAUUGAAUGAACUGUAAACGUGAUAAAGUUUAGUUAUUCUUAAAUUUCUGUUUCCUCUAGUCUUUCUUUUAUUCUUCUUUAAGUUUAUGUUGCUUAUUUUAAUUUUUUCCUGUUUGAA